AUGCCUGAAAUUUCACUCCAUGCAAUUGCAAGUUCUCUAAGCCCAAAAACUAUGAGAGUUAAUGGCAAGGUUAAGGAUUGCUCAGUAAUAGUCCUUGUGGACACUGGCAGCACACAUAACUUCCUCGAUCCUAUGAUAGUAAGGAAGGUGGGAUUAGAUGUCGAGCAAAGUGGAAUGAUUGAAGUGAGGGUCGCAAAUGGGGAAAGGAUUAAUGGUGAAGCAAAGAAUACUCUUUUUGCCAAAAAGAGUAAGUGUACGUUUGCAUGUGGGAAGAUUGAAUAUCUGGGACAUUUGGUCUCUGCAAAGGGUGUCAAAGCAGAUCUAGCAAAGAUCAAGGCAAUGCUCGAGUGGCCCUUACCAAAAUCCCUCAAGUCAUUAAGAGGAUUUUUGAGUCUCACAGGUAACUACAGGAGGUUUGUCAAAGGGUAUGGCUCCAUUGCUGGCCCAUUCACUAAUUUGUUGAAGAAAGAUGCAUUUAAUUGGAGGGAUGAAGCUUCUAAAGCCUUUGAAAACCUGAAAAAGGCUGUGACAAACCCACCUAUCUUGGCUUUGCCAGAUUUCUCAAAGCCAUUCUUGUUGGAAUGUGAUGCUUCUGGUAGAGGGAUUAGUGUUGUCAUAAGUUAG